CAUAAUCGGUGUCUGCAUUAGCAUCACUUCCCAAGUCUUCUUCUUUCUGUUUCACUUUUUUCCUCUCUAAGCAAAACCCAAAAUUGCAAUAUCUCACCCUCUCCCUCUCAAUCCUUCCCUCCACAUUAGCUCAUCACUCACCGCACAUCCCUUCAAGCCCAAUUCCUAAAGUUCUCAUCUUUUUCUUUCUUUGAGCGCCAUGGAUCCUCAUGUCUAUGGUGUCUCCAAGAUCUUCCCUUUUCUCUGCUAUUUUCUCCUAUUCCUGACCGUCUCUGCAUUGCCUCAAAACCCAUCUUCUAAGCUUUCUUCUUCUUCUUCGUCUAAUAGUUCUGGUAUCAACUCUAAUUCUGUUCUUGUCGCGCUUCUUGACUCGCAUUAUACGGAGUUGGCUGAACUCGUUGAAAAGGCUCUUCUUCUUCAGACUCUUGAGGAAGCUGUCGGCAACCAUAAUAUUACCAUUUUUGCUCCCAGAAAUGAAGCUUUGGAGCGCCAGCUUGACCCUGAGUUUAAGCGCUUCUUGCUUGAGCCUGGCAAUCUCAAGUCUCUUCAGACCCUCCUGAUGUUCCACAUUAUUCCUAAACGGGUCGGAUCCAGUGAUUGGCCCAGUGAAAAAUCUAAGCCUGCCAGGCAUGCCACUUUGUGUAAUGAUCAUCUUCACCUAAUCGGCAAGAGUUCUGGUAAGAAAGUCGUUGACUCCGCCGAGAUAGUUCGACCCGACGACGUUAUCCGUCCCGACGGUGUUAUCCACGGGAUCGAGCGGCUUCUAAUCCCGCAAUCUGUACAAGAAGACUUUAACCGGAGGAGGAAUCUCAGAUCCAUAUCUGCAGUGCUACCAGAGGGCGCACCGGAGGUGGAUCCCAGAACCCACCGGCUGAAGAAACCAGCAGCACCUGUUCCGGCGGGGGCACCACCAGUGUUACCCAUUUACGACGCCUUGGCUCCAGGUCCUUCCCUGGCUCCGGCGCCAGCUCCAGGUCCCGGUGGGCCUCACCAUCACUUCGACGGUGAGAGCCAGGUUAAGGACUUCAUCAAGACACUAUUACAUUACGGUGGGUAUAACGAAAUGGCAGAUAUCUUAGUGAACUUAACCUCACUAGCCACCGAAAUGGGGCGUUUGGUUUCAGAAGGGUACGUGCUCACCGUCUUGGCACCAAACGACGAAGCCAUGGCCAAGCUAACGACAGACCAGCUAAGUGAGCCCGGUGCACCGGAGCAGAUCAUAUACUACCAUAUCAUCCCCGAGUACCAGACGGAGGAGAGUAUGUACAAUGCAGUGAGACGAUUUGGGAAAAUAAAGUACGAUACGCUUCGUUUGCCUCACAAGGUGGUGGCUCAGGAGGCUGAUGGGUCGGUGAAAUUCGGAUCCGGGGAUACGUCGGCGUAUUUGUUCGAUCCAGACAUUUACACGGACGGCAGGAUUUCAGUGCAGGGAAUUGACGGAGUUUUGUUCCCAGAGGAAGAGAAAGAGACAGUUAAAAAACCGACGGCCGCCGUCAAGGUUGUCACCAAGCCCAGGAGAGGGAAGUUGAUGGAAGUAGCUUGUAGAAUGCUUGGAGCAUUUGGACAGGAUUCACAUUUCAGUACAUGUCAAUGAACCUGCACAGCUGAAAAAUAAUAGUAAAGAUGGAACCAUGAAAACAAUAGAGAAAAUGGUGAGUAUGUAAAAGACUUUGAUCUUGUUAAUUUUUUUUUUACGAAUCAGAGGGUUUUUCAGCUGAUGAACACAUUGGAGGGUGAAUUUCAGGCGAAGGUCAUGGAUUCAAUAUGUGUGUGUUUCUUCAGGCGGUGAUUUUUAUUAUUAUUUUUUUGAUUGUAAUGUGCAUUGCAGGACGACUUUAUGUAAUAAAAUCACAAACAAAUGGGAUCGAUGGCU